UCGAGUGUGAGUCGCGAACGAUGAUCGGUACUACUGUGCUCUGGAUUCGCACGCGCUAGAACUGCUAGCGCCUGAAUAUACCAGAGCAAGAGAUCUAGCGUAGUAUCGGAGAUGGUGAGCAAGCGAGGAUUUUCCCACACCAGAAAUUCUUCUUCAAUAGCCAAGAUUCUUUCAAGAAAACCAUCUCCUUGCACCAAUUUAGUUUACAUUUCCCUUCUCGUUGCGCUUUCAGUCUUUAUUUUUGUACUCUACUACAGUGACGUGAUAUUGGAAAGCGAUCAAAAGCAUUUCAGUUCUCAAGAAUCUCUUUCUGACUCACUGUCGCAGUAUCAAUAUCAGGUUCCUGACUCUCAAUCGCAGUAUCAAUAUCAGGUUCCUGACUCGCAGUCGCAGUAUCAAUAUCAGGUUCCUGACUCGCAGUCGCAGUAUCAAUAUCAGGUUCCUGACUCUCAAUCGCAGUUUCAAUAUCAGGUGCCAGAUGAACAACUUUGGGAUGUUUCCAAGAUUUAUGGUUUGCAUCCAUGUGUAAAGCCUACAAGCAAAUAUAAAGCUGCCCAAGGAUCUGACCACUAUAUUACUGUGCGAUGCAACGGAGGACUGAAUCAAAUGCGCACUGGUAUUUCUGACAUGGUGGCUGUGGCAUACAUCAUGAAUGCAACCUUGGUCAUUCCUCAGCUAGACAAACGUUCCUUUUGGCAAGAUUCCAGUACGUUUUCAGAUAUAUUUGAUGAUCGUCAUUUCAUCGAAACCUUACAAGGAGAUGUGAGGAUUGUUAAGCAACUACCCAAGGAAUUGGAUUCUGCUCCUCGGGCUCGGAAACACUUCACUUCUUGGUCUGGAUUGGGUUAUUACAAAGACAUGAUGCAACUAUGGGACAAUUAUCAGGUAAUUCAUGUGGCAAAAUCAGAUUCUCGGCUUGCAAACAAUGGUUUGCCUCUUGAUGUACAGAGGCUGAGGUGUCGUGCUCUAUACAAUGCUCUCCAUUUCUCUCUUCCGAUUGAAAGCUUGGGAAAGAAGCUGGUGGAGCGGCUGAGAUCACGUGGGGGAAGAUACAUUGCUCUUCAUCUAAGAUAUGAGAAGGACAUGUUGUCUUUCACUGGUUGUACUUAUGGCCUGACUGAUGCAGAAUCUGAAGAGCUAAGAAUAAUGAGGGAGAAGACAAACCACUGGAAGGUUAAAGACAUAAAUUCAACAGAACAGAGAAUAGGAGGAUUUUGUCCACUGACUCCAAAAGAGGUGGGGAUAUUUAUUCAAGCUCUUGGAUAUCCUCCAUCUACAACCAUUUACGUCGCAGCUGGGGAAAUUUAUGGUGGUGAAGCUCGUCUACUAGAGCUCAAAUCCUACUUUCCUAAUCUAGUUUUUAAGGAUACGUUGGCUACAGAGGAAGAGUUAAAAGCAUUUUUAAAUCAUGCUUCCCAAACUGCAGCUCUGGAUUACAUCAUAUCUAGAGAGAGUGAUGUUUUCAUUCCAUCAUAUUCAGGUAACAUGGCCAGAGUCGUCGAGGGCCACCGCAGAGUCCUUGGCCACCGCAAGACAAUUACACCAGACAGGAAAGGGCUUGUCAAACUUUUUGAUAAGCUGGAAAGUAAUCGGCUAAGCGAGGGGGAGCCCUUGUCAUACCUUGUGCAACAAAUGCAUGUGAGCAGGCAAGGAGCGCCCAGGAAAAGAAGAGGCCCAAUGCCAGGAGUAAAGGGCCGAGCACGUUUCGGGACUGAAGAAUCUUUUUAUGAGAAUCCAUACCCUGAGUGUAUAUGUGGCUCAGUAAGACAGUUCAAAAGCGACAUAAAACUUUGACCCUGCAAUGCAGUUGGAUGCAUAUAUUUCUGGAAAUCAUAUGAUUACCCACAUGGAAGAGAAGCUGUAAAGAUAUGACUAAACCCAAGUUGGCCCGGCACUUCUUGACCAUCUGAGAUAAAGAGUUCCAAUUUGAAACUGACCCAUUUUUGCCCAAGUCAAAACUUAGCAAUGCAGUUUCUGAGAUGAGAGUUCCUGUAUAGAAAGGGAAUGUAGCAAGAUAGUCCGUAUCCCAUCUUCAUGUUGCACCUUUUUUUCUUAAAUGAUUUUCGAACAUUCUUUUUUCAUUCUGAAUUUGUAACAUUCUUUGUAUUCCUCUGUGGAUGACAUUUUAGGUUCUUUUUGACCUACUAAAUAGGCAAUACCACUGUCACCAAGUCUUGCUGUUUAGUUUCAA